AACUGUAAACCUUUAAUUUUCUAUUUAUUUAUUUUUAUUAUUUUGAAACAAGAUCUCACUAACUUGCCCUGGCUGGGCCUCAACUUACAGUCCUAUUGCCACAGCCUCUGUAGUAGCUAGCAUUAACAGGCAUGUAACACCGCGUCAGUGAACACUCUUAUUCCUAACAACUGAAGGACUAAACAGAGCACUGGUUUUGGCACCUGAGCUGAACUUAGCCUUGAUUCCACUCCGUUCCCCUCCCAGAUCUCCAAGCCACCUCUCACCUGUGCUGCAGCCCUUGCAGACACAGUUUGACUAUCUGUGUUGGUCAGACUGUGGAUGUUUAAAUGGUAACCAGCGCUUCUAUAACAAUCCCUACUGUUUUUCUUUUGAAUUACCCGUCUUUGUACCCUUGUUUAGAAAGUCAGUAGCAAUAGGUCACCAACAGCUACAGCCCAGCCUCUCCUUGGCUACAGUAGAGCUUCUCCGUUGUGUUCUGGCCAGACUCUGCCUCAGGACACGUUUCCCGGGAAACCGGCGGCUUUCCCAUUGGCUCCUGAUGGUUUGGCUCAGCCUCUAUGGGGUAGCUGCUUGCCAUUGGUCGGUUGGAGGAUACCAGGAACAGUUCUCGCCCAAUGGGAUACGCCGGGUGUCUGAAGGAGGGACUCCAGAGAACCUGAAGCUCCUGGCCUGGUUCUGCAGCUAAUCGCGCGCCUAUGCAUGCAUGUAGGUGCUUGUGCCUUGACCAGUACUGGGCACGCGGGUGUAGAGUGGAGGCGGUUGUGGGACCCGCAAAUGUAGGCGGCGCUGCGCGUGCAGUAGGCUGUGGCAGCUCCGCGUGGCUGUGCGAACGCUGUGUGGCGCUUUGGCUACCUCAGGGAGGUAAGGGACAUCGCAAUCAGUUCCAGACCUGUGCAGAAGAGCAGAGAUCUGUGGUGUCUCUCCCUCUACAGAAGCGGAAUGGAACUCAGAGCACUCUUUACCUGCUGAGGGUUUUUGGUGCCUCCUUUGUCCUGUCAGCACGCCCUGCUUUUUCCUUUCAUCUUUCCAUUCAUCUAUUUGUUUGUUCCUUCAAGAAAUUUUUUUGGACUUUUAUAUUUGGAAAUUGUUUUAAUAGCAGUGAAUGAAUAAGAGGCACACUUCUGAUCUAGUGAGUUUCCAUUCUAAAGAAGACAGACCAAUCAGUAAGAUCACACAAAGGUGAUUGGACUCAGGAACUUGGUCACCUCUGUGUGUUUUCAGUGCUUCCUUUCUAUGGUGUUGCCAAGAAUUGGAGAUGGAUGAGGCACCUGAUGUGGGCCAGUGUAACUGCUCCCAGUGGCACAGGAGGCUGGAGGCUGCAGCAGGCCCCCGUGCAGAGGAAACCCAGGUGGUGCUUUAAGGCCUGCUACUGACAGUCAAGACAUGGGGGGCUCUGCCAUGAUCUACCUUGCAGAAGCUUCCACACACGAUUGAGAGGAUCAAGAGAGUCUGGGCCUCUGCCCACAUCCUCCUGGAAAUUGGCUCCACCCAUGUCUGAGUGGUCAUCCCUGGGGUUCUCGGCUCAUAACCACACUGCCCAGAGUUCUCUGUGUAUUUUAGAUAAUUGGGGUUGCCUGAAGCUCUUUUCACCUCUGUGUUGUAGGGGAUCCACAUCCAUGUGAUAAAUGUCAGUAACCUGCUCAUAUCCGUGUUGUGGAAGGCUCUGCAGACAUCACUGAUAUGAAGACAUAGUGGAUCUUAGUAAAAUCUACAUAUAUGGCUCCACGGACAUGAAAUACACAAGAUUCCAGUCAUUUCAUAAGGUACAGAGGAUGUGGGUAACUGACAGUGAGGACAUUGUGGAGGCUUCAUAUAAAUCCCUGUUUCAACAGGGACUGGAUGGGGCUCCACUCUCAUCCACAGUGUACUGGGCACCACAUGGGCCACGGAUGAUCAGCACAAGAGAUGCCAGUACCCUCCUCACAUCCUCAUUGUGCAGGGAUGCACUUGUGCCUGGGUUCAUCCAUCUACGUGGGACCCACUCACAUGUACAUCAUACAGAGUAUGACCAUCUCCCUAGAAUUUGGGACAUGCAGAGAGAUUCUGGUCACAUCCACAUUUUCCCAGGUGUCCUCAUGCACUGGAGGAGGUCAGCUCCCAGGGUUUCUGCCCACAGCCUGGUUCUAAGGGCCCCACACUUGGCUGAGUUGGGCAUUACAGGAGUACACAGCUCUACCAUAUUCAGAAGUGGUGAGGAGGGUGAUGAGUCAUGGGGUGAUGCUGCUCAUGUGGUCAAUUUAGAGAUUUCCUCAGGUGGCUUCAGUGGUAAUAUCCUGAAAACCCCAGGCCACAUCCUCUUUGGGACCCUGGGUUGCGCAAGUGAGAGAAAAGCAGGAGCUCUGGUUCAGCACAUAGAUAAGGUCAGCAGGACCUACAGGCUAUGCUCACAUCAUGAUGCAUUUGCACUAAUUUGUCAGGACACAGGAGGGUGCAGCUCACCUUUGGGUUUGUAUAGGACUAUGCAGCUGCCUGAGAUGGUCAACCUCUAUGUGUUUGUGGGGGUGGGGGGAAGGGUGUAUGUGUGUGCAUCUGGGGGUAUCUUGGGUGUGCUGCACAUACCUUGCAGACAGUUCUAUGCAUGCAUGGGGGAUUCAGGAAAUUGCCGACUCUAUUUACAUCAUUAUUGUAGAGGCCUCCUCAUGUGUGUGAUCAUCACCACAGGCAUGUGGCUCUGCUCACCACCACACAUCAGAGGGUGUCUACAAUUCUGAGAUGGUAAUAAAAAGGUAGCAUUACUGUCCUGUCAAUGGGGGACAGUACUCCAUAUAUGACAGAGAUGGACUCACCUUAGUUAUGCUAUCCUGUUGUGGAGGGUCCACACAUGCCCUGAUUGGCAGGACAUGGAGAGCUGCUCUUCCAAUCCAUGUUGCUGAGGUGCUCACAAAUGCCCCAGCUUGUCUGGUCAUUUGGGGGUAGUGGCCCUGCUCACAUGGGCAUUAUACAGACUCCUCAUGUUCUUUGAAGUUCAGUCAUAUUGUAAGAGGAUGGCACUGUGCACUUUCACCUAGUAAUUGCUUGACAAGAGCCUGACAUGCACAUUUGAGCUGCUCUGGCCCAAUAGACAUGGACUGUGGCUCAACAGGAGGUGUGUUAUAGUUCAGACACAGGAAGUGGCUGUUCCUAAAAUCUCUUGAGAGAUCACAAACAUUUCAGGUUGUCAGGAUGUGAUGGAGCAUUUCUCUUACCACAUGACGGAGGUGUCUGGAGCUGAGAGAUUGAAGACAUGAGAUCUGUUCUUGUACUGGCCUUGGAGAUGGCUCACAAUCACCACAGAUGUUUCCACAGGGGAAGUGUGUUCACAUCCCCUCGUCUAAGGCUUUAUAUACGUGGAGCAGUGAUAACCACCUAGCCAGUCUGAGCCACAAAUUGAGGUUGUCUGGACAUAGGGCACUGACCACAGAGUGUGUUGUAAUGUCUCAACAUGAGCCUGAAAUAGUCAUUGUGAGUGUGAGCACAAAGUGCUCAUUCCUAGGUAGAGUGUUGCACAUAGGCCUGAGGCAUUGAUGAAAUGGACUUCUGUGUCCGUGUUGCAUGUUGAAAAGUGACCUGGAUGUACGAGAUGAGCACACUCUGACGCAGCUCCACUGACCUCGAAGGGUAGAUGGUUUGCACCCACCUGAGAGGGUCAGACAGUAAAUGGUGGGCUUCUCACCUCCACCCUAUAGAGGGCCCCAUGCAUGUUGCAGAUAUCUGGGGCAUGUUGGGCUCUACCUGCCUUCUCUUUGUAGUGGAACCCCAUUUCCCUGAGAUUGUCAUUGUAUGGAAGUAUGUUUUCCACAUUCACACUAUCCAGGGCUCCACUGGUACGUGUGGUCAUUAGGACACUGGGGAGUUUCACAGUCACAUCCUUCAGGGUGCCCACAUGUCUGAAUUGUUUAGGGCCGUGAGAGGCUCUUCUCACAUUCACUGUACGGCCUGAGUGCACAUCCAUGGUGUUUAAGACAAGGGCGGUGCUCUGGUCACAUUCACAUUGUGCAUGCUCCACAUAUGCUGCAGGGAGUCAGCACAUUGUGGUUGCUGGGAGUUUGGGACCCUCUGAUUACAGUUAAGUUGUAUAGGGCUGCAUGUAUGGCCUUGGUGGUCAGGACAUGGACAUGGGGAGCUCUGUUGAGCGUCACACGGUACAAUAUUCAACACAAGCCUGAGGACAUGGGGUUGUGUACCUAUUAAUGUAUUUUAUGGUGACCCAUGCUCUAGCGAGGAGGAGGAGGGGAUGGCUGGGUAUCCAUGUGCUCUUUUCAGAGGCCCACACACAAGUGAUGUGACGGGGACCAAGGACUUUGACUCACAAUCUCAGUAUACAGGGCUGAACACAUGCAGAACGUGGAUGGAAUGUGGGAUGCUCUGCUGUCUCCACACAGCUGAGGAAUCCGCUUACCUGGUUGUGUCCAAAAAGUGAAGCAGUGCUCACAUUUGUUUCCUAGAGUGAAUUCUCUGCCACUAGUUGAGAGGCUGAAGACAUAGCAAGCUUGGGUCACCCCCUCUUUGUGACUGAAGUGUCCAAAUCCCUGAGAGAUCACAAACAUUUCAGGUUGUCAGGAUGUGAUGGAGCAUUUCUCUUACCACAUGACGGAGGUGUCCCUGAGACAGUCAGUGGACAAUUGGUCUGCUCACAUCCACCUUGUCCAGAGUUUUCCAGUUGCCUGUGGAUAUGAGACCACGAAAGGUUCUGCUCACAUUUCUGCUGGUUAUGACUUUCAAACAGGCCUACGGUUGUCAAGAUACGGUGUGGUUCUGCUCACAGUCCAGAUGCAAAGGUUUACCCCCAGAACUGAGGACAUGGGGUAGCUUUGUUUACACUGACGUGGAAGAGGGCUGCAGACUCUUGAGAGCUGAUUACCUUGUGUUGAGCUUUGCUGGUCAAACCUAUGUAGAGAUUUUCCACAGGUCUAUAUUGGUCCUGAAAUGGUGUGCCACUUGUUGAUUCCUCUUUGUAUAGUGUUCCAUGCAGGAUGACGACAUACAUGUCAUGUGCGGGCUCUUUUGUAGUUCACCUUGUAAAUAGCACACAAAACAUUGCUGCUCGGGAGAUGGUACAUCUGUAAGCACUUCCACAUUCUGCAGGGCUCCAGCAGUGCCUAAGGUUGUCAAGACACAGUGGAGUGUCCCUGCUCACGACUGUGGUGACCAGUGCUACACACAGGGCAGGGAUGGGAGAGGAGUGUGUGUGUUCACAACCUUUUCAUGGACUCCACCCCCUGGCAGGUGGGUGGAUUGAUGUUGACACUGCAUAAGUCAUGAGACACGUCUUGGUUGUUGGGCCAUGCUGGGUGUUGAGGUCAAGUCCAUAGUGUACAGGUUUUCUACACUUCUGUUGCUCAGGGUGAUGCAAGCAUCCCUUUCACUAAAGAGGGCCCCAUCUACAGCCAGUUUUUGAAAUCUCUUCAGGGGCAACCACCUUGGACAGGCAUCAUAAUAGCAUUAGAAAUAGGUAUACUAUAUCGAGACUGGUAUUUAUGUCCUUGUUCUUCAGGAAUCUGCUUAUGUCUGCGAUGUUCUGUGUCUGUGGGUAUCACAUCAAAGCACAUUGGGUAGGAUUCCACAGGCCUGAGAUUGUGAAGAUGGGGUGGGAACCUGCCAUGUGGAUGUUAUGGAGGCCUAGGCUUCACUCUCAUCCAUAGUGUGCUGGCUACCACACAGGCACAGAUGGUCAUUGCAAGGGGCGACAGGGUGUUCCUUAAAUGCUAGUCAUAUGGCUAUAUAUGUACCCAAGAGUUUCCAUUUCUUGUAUACCCCACUUACUUGUACAUAUUAUAUUACAGAACACCAGUGCCACCCCAGAUAGUUGGGAAAUACAGGGAGAUUCUGGUCACAUCUCCAUUUUUCCAGGUGUCAUCAUAUACCUAAGGAGCUCAAGUCCUGGGUUUCUGCUCACAACCUGCUUCUGUGGGUUCCCACACUUGUGUGCAUUGUGCAGAGCAUGGAGUGUCCUGCUCACAUGCAUAUUCUAGAGGAGGUGAGGAGACACCUUAGUGCUACUUACCACAGGUGGACCAGUGGCUUCACCAGUGCCUGAGGUCAUUGGAACCCUGGGGAGGCUAUGCUCACAGUCACAUCAUGCAGCGCCACAUAUGUACCUGAGUUGUUCAGGACAGCAAGAGGUUCUGCUCACAUUCAUUUUUGGAGCUGAGUGCACAUUUGUGGUGCCUAAGAUAAGGACAGGGUUUUGGUCAUAUUCACAUUGUGCAGGGCUCCAAAUACUCCUGAGGGAGACAGGACAUUGUGCUUUUGGGAGGCUUUGGAGGGUGGUUCUGCUUACAGUCAAGUUGCAGAGGGUUCCUUGUAUGACUUUGGUGAUCAGGACAUGGACAUGGGGAGCUCUGUUUACGUCCACACAGUACAAGUUUCAAUACAGGCCCGAGGUCACCAGGAAAUGGGGUGGGUUCCUGUUCAUAUAUACUUUAUUUAGUGACCCAGGCUCCAUACAGGAGGAGGACAGAGGGGAUGACUGUGCUUCCGUGUUCUCUUUACACAAGUGAUGUGGUGUGGAUCUGGGUCCUUGACUCACAGUUUCCAUAUCCAGGGCUGCACACAUGCAGAACAUGGAUGUGACAUAUGGUUCUCUGUUGUCCCCCACCCAGCUGAGGAUUCCACUUCGAUUGUGCACAAAAAGUGAGGCAGUGAUCACAUUUGUAGCUUCCAGCGAGUUCUCUGCCAUCAGUUGUGAGGCUGCAGAAAUAGGAAACAUGGGCCACCCCCUUCUUGUGACAGAGGGCUCCAAGCACAUGAGUUAGUCAACAGAUAAGUGGGCUGCUUACAUUCAGUUGUACCUGUGUGGUAGAGAUUUCUGCAGAGGUCUGCACUGCUCUAGAAAUUGAGCACUUCUUGUCAUGUUCUCUUCCUACAGGGUUGUAUGCAGGCUUGUGAUACAUGUAAUAUGUGUGCUCUGUUCUUGUUGACUUUGCAAAGGGCAGGAGAUGCAAGGUCUCUAUGCAUGUCCACAUUACCAGGGCUCCAGCCGUGUCUGAAGCCAUAAAGACCUGGUGCACAUCUUGAAGACCUGCUUAGAUCUGUGGUGUGUGGGACUACAUAUUGGUGGAGAGAGAAGAGGAGCAUGCAUGCUUGGAAUUCUGUUGUGAACUCCAUGCCAAGGGGCAUGUGACCUGAUUGAUGGUGAUAUUGCACAAGUCAUCAGAGAAGUUUGAGCAAUUGGGACAUGGUGGGUUUUGAGGUCAAGUUCACAAUGUACAAGGUUUUUCAUAUGCCUGAGGCAGGAUUACAAGUUAGGGGGAUGCAGGCAGCCCUGCUCUGAUUUACAAUAGAGAUGGCCCUGUUUAUAGCCAGUUAGUGAGGUCAAGCUAGGAGUUCUCAGGGACCAACCAUUUUGAACAGGGAUCACAAUUGCAGUAGAGGGAGGUGUACUACAGGGGAACUGGUGUUUAUGUCCUUAUUCUGUAGAACUCUGUUCAGGCCUGCGAUAUUCUGUAUCUGAGGGUAUCACCCCAGAUGAACAUUGGGCAGGAUUUCACAUUGGGCCUGAGGUAGUACAGAUGGGAUGGGGAUGUAGCCACACUGACAGUACGGUGGGCUCAUAUAAAGAAAUCCCUGGUCUGAUAGGGAUGAGCUCGAGCUUCACCUUCACCCACAGUGUACUGGGCACAACACAGGCCACAGAUGGUCAGCACAAAGGGGGCCAGGGAAAUGUUAACAUCUUUUUCGUGGAAAAUAGCACAUGUGCCUGAGUUCAGUGCAGUAACUUUCAUGGCUGUGGUAUUUCAAAGGUUCAAUUGAGUGUUAAAAUAAAAUAAAAAUAGUAGUCUGAAAAGGCAGAUUGAAAGAAUGGAUGCUCAAAGAAUUUCUGAAAACAUAUUAUCAGGAAAAGCACUGGAAAUGGGAUCAACUCCUGUGUAUUGCUCUCUCCAUGUCGAGUAUCACUACUGAAUAUCUGAGUAUUUCCCUUAUAAAAUCUUGUUUGGCUGGCAUUCCCCACAAAUAAGGCAAUGUAUUGGUCAUCUUUGCAAAGUAGACAAAUUAACUCUAAGAUACAAAUCCAACUUUUUGUUUUGUUUUUUGGUACUGGGGAUUGAACUCAUGACCUUGCACUUGCCAGACAGGGACUUAUGCUGUUGAGCUAAAUCCUGGGCCCACAAAUCUAAUCUUUGAGAAUAGCCAUGCAAGGUAUCCAUAGCUGGGUUCAAGAAAAAGUCCCCAUCAGUCUAAUAUACCUAAUUCAUCCUUUUAAGCCCAGAGUCUCUAGAUGAGUCAAAAGACAGGAUUCUACCACCUGGUGCCCAUAUGGGAUGGGCCUUACACUAUAGUCUUUUCUUCCUCACUACUUUUAGAGUUGGCAUGACCUACCGUAGCCAGCUAACUCCAACUGUUCAAGACAAAGAGACGAGGUGACUGGAUCCAGACCAACCACACUCUCUGAUUGUGUGGGAGAUGCAGCUUUCACCAACGAUGACAGCCCUGCCCUGGUCAUUCCAGAGGCUGACCAGUUGACAUAGGGCAGAAGUUUGAGGACAAAAGAGUUACAACCACAAAGAUCCCUUUUCAUUUUUGUUGUAGUUUUGUCUCUGCCCAAUAGGGAGUCAAUCCUCCAUAACAAAGUAAAUUAUUCUUAUAGUGAUGCCAUCAGAAACAGUUUUAUAGAAACCAUCAAUGAAGGAAAUAAAACAGUAUUUUUUGUUCCUGUAAGUGAAAUUUUAUAACUUUCUUUUCUCAUAGCAUCCUGUUAUCUCUGAGCAUGGUGACUAAGGCACAAAGCUGUGACACUUGACAAACUGCCUUUGUUCUUCUGCCUGCCCAUCAGUUCCAUACUCAUGACCACAAAUCCCUUGACUAAAUGUGUAAAAACUUGACCCUGUUCUCUGUCCUUUGUUCAGCCAUUUUGGAUUGACCAGUGGAGCCAGUGUGUGCCUGAAAAUAAGACCCCUUGUUUUUGCUCAUUAGUUUCUCUUAUCUCUUAAGUCCCACAAGAGGAUGUUUAUAAUAGACUCGCUGUCACGUUUUUAAAAUUAUUAUGAGUCUUCUCUCUUCAUAUGGAUUUGAACUUGAAACUGGUGUGUCCACAUUUAUGUGGCUCUUGGGAGGUACAUCAGGAUAUGUAGUCUCACUGAUCAGAUACUUGUUUUAGAGACCUGUACAGUGUUGAGAUGGUAAAGUCAAGACUGAGCUCACCUCCUUCAUGUCUCCACAAGUAGCUGAAAAGAUCAGGGUCAUGGUCGGGGGAGUUUCUCUACAAGUAGGUAAAAACUUCGUGUCUUUAGUGGGGCUUCAUACAUCUGAGUGGAUAAGGGUGCAGGAGAAUUGCUCACCAUCUCAUUGUCCAGGGCUCUAGUGCCCGAGGGAGGCAGAACUUUGUACAAGGGUCUGUUCCUGCCUGAUAUCUUAGAACAUGGGAGAUUCUAGUCACUAUCUGCUUUUACAGAGCUCCGCAAACAGCUGAUGUGCUCAGAGCCUUGUUGUUCUACUAUAGUGUGAGGUCUUAGAGUACACCUAGUGAUAGAAUUGCAUUAUAAAAAAAUAUAAAAUAUUUCUUCAGAAAGCAUUUUUAGGCAGUUAUAACAACAGCAUACCAGCUGUUUACUUAGAAUCUGGAGGCUCCUUUCUGAAAUGUGCUAAAGCAUUUUCUCAUGCCCAUCUCUGCUUCUUGAAUGUGAACACAUGCUUGCUCUGCCAUUGAGCUAGAAACCCAGACAUAUUUUCUUUUUAUUUAUCUAUUUUUUUAGUCAUUCUGUGUUGAACACUCUGGGAUCAACCUUACAAUCACUGCCUCAAGACCCUCACUAUCUGAAAUUCCAAUGUAUGAUAUCAUGUCUAGAGUGGAGGUAGGAUUUUGGAUAGUUUUGCUAUGAUAAGUCCUAGAAAAAAAAACUAGAAUAUGUGUUAAGAAUAGGUCAUACCUGUAUCAGGGCUCCUCUUUUUGGUUUCUGAUAACACUACAUAGAGCACAUGAGUCAUUAGGAGGCUUACUGUGCCCACAGCGAGAUGGUGGAUACAUUAUAAAUGCAUUGUGUGACCAGAUCUUGGGGCAACCAUGGUGCUAAUUGUGGAUUCAAUUAUAUAGUGCUAGGCUGUUAAACCGACAGCUCUAAAGGCCUGUGUUGCCUGGGCUUUGGUUUUGAUCUUUGUUCUGCAGAACUCAUGUCUGCUUUCCACACUGCAGUAUCACAUACCUUGGUCGAACUGAGGUCAUUGAGCCCUGGACAUCUUGUGUGAAGCAGUGGCUCCCAAGCUUGUUCAUCGCUGGUGUUGUGCGCCAUGCUGAAGUAAGGAAGAGCUUUGCUUCUGGCCACAUGUGAUGCACCAUCUAGUGGAAUGCAGGGUAAGGAACAGUUGCAUUGGAGGUUUGAGGGAAAAUUUACAGGAAAAAUACUAUGGUUUAUUUUUUCCAUUUUGCUUUUUUGUUGUGUUAGUUUGUUUUUUGGAUACCUUGGAAUGAAACUUAGGUGCUAGCCAUUGAGCUAUAUCCCUGGCCCUAGGACAAACAGUAGGUGAAGUUAACUCCUUCUCUUUAUGUUUUUAAUGAGUAAGAAAAUCAGCUUUAUUUGUCCUGAGGGUCAGACAUGCUUGAGAGAUGUUCUGGAAGAUUUUGCAAGAGUCACACUUGAGAAGCAGUGGUUGAAACCUUACACAAACACCCUUCGGUGUGAUGCGGUAUAGGUCAGUGGCAGAGCAUGUGCUCACAUUCCCAAAGUCCUGUAUUCUGUCCUCAGUAACCACAAUCAAACCAAAACACAGCACAACACCUCUCAGAAGAAUGAAAGAAUUAUUUUAUUUAUUCAAGUUUACUUAUUUAGACUGUAAAUCUGGAGCAAUGUCUCUUUUGGUUUUUAUUUUAUAAUUCUCAGAGGUGUGAAGAAAUAUGUUGAAAGAGAAGGGUAGUUAAUUGUGUUUAAAGUUUGUUUGCUGUUGCAUGCCUAUAAGCCCAGUCCUCUGGGGUGGGGGGCUGGCAAAGGAAGAUCAAAGCUUGGAGUCCACCCUGCUUGAUCUAGUGAUUUAGGGACAUCCUGUCUCUAAAUAAAAUUACACAACCUAGGUUGGAUGAUAUUCAUUUACAAGGCCCCGGUUAUUUCAAUAUCAUUUUAAAAAAGAUCCACUUGCUUUUAGAAGUGUAACGGGUAUUUAGGUCAGCAGAAUAUGUGCCUCCCUGGCAUGCGUCAGCUCAUAAGUUCUAUCCCCAGAACCAGAAAAAAGAAAAGAAAACAAAUAGACGUGUAACCUCAUUAUAGUAAUGAUAAGUAGGAUGGUGUCUUGCAAAAAAUUAUUCAUUAUGUAGCCAAAAGAAUGAUUUUCUGAUAAUUAAUAUGACUACAGAAUUUGAAUGUUAUAAAUGUCUUAUACAGCCCAUGAGUCUAUGUCUUCAUCUAUUAAUGUAGGUAACAGUUUCUAUUUGGCAAAUCUCAAGUAAGUAUGCAGGAAUCACGUGGUGCAAUUGUAGAAAUUGGGAGAAAUGUUGAUAGUCACUAACAUUUCCCCUCUGUUGAAUCCAAAGCAAAAUGAAGCUUACAAUGAUCUUAUCCACAUUGUACAACCUCCAUUCUGUCUGCUGUAGGACGUGGCAAAGUGAUCAGAGAGAGCAGGUAGAAAUGAGGGGAGUGCUGUGGGCUGUUGGAGUGACUGGGUGAGAGGUCAGCAGCCCAGAGGAGGUGGUGGCUGGACAGGGAAAAGGAUCCCUCCUGUGUUAACUAGUGGGUGUGAAGAGAGAUAGAACAUUUCUUGACAGAGCCCAGCUUCUCACAGUGCUACUUCCUGGGGUGCCAAGAUUGAGGAGGUUGUUAGGUGACAGUGUGGAGAAGCCAGGGAGCUGAGUGGAUGUGCAGAUUGGCAGUUUCUGGAGAGUUGAGGUUCAGGGGGAACACAGGUGUCAUUGUCAUUCACUGAACGUUGUGGUAAUGUGAUCUACUGUAACAAAGUGGUGUUAGAAGAUGGACAGACACAUGGACAAAGAGGAGGAAAUAGUAGUAUUCCACGUGCAAUGGAGAUCCAGAGAAUGUUAACAUUGGGGAAAAAGAAAAAUGAGAAGUUAGUAUGUAGGACAUCAGUAACAGUGUCCAACAAAAGAGAGAGUGAGCCAUUCUUUGUUAAGAGAGUAAAAUAUGUGUAUUUGAAAACUGAUCACAAAAUGUGACAUGAGAACAGGAUAUGAAGCUAAUGCAGUGCUCAGUGGUCUCAGAAGUGGGUAAUGGCAGAGAAGACCCCAUUUCUGGUUCCAUAAGGCCCUUAGGAAUAAACUUAAAGCAUCUGCAAGACCUGUAUUGGAAAAACAUCCAGACUCACAAAGGACCCCAAAGUAGAUAAAAAUCAAGAAAAGACAUUCCAUCCAUUUGGAACACUCAACAUUAUGAACUUGUCUCUUUCCCCUUCAUUAAUUUAUGGAUUUUCUGUGUGGCCAUGCACGGUGCCAGGAAGUUGUUGAGGUGCAGCACGUCUUUAUAUUCUGGGUACCAGAAUCUUCUCAGAUAAACUAUUUUCAAAUGUUUUUCCUGUUCAGAGAGCUGUUUUUUCAUGACCUUGAUAUUGAAGUUUGAUGUACAAAGGUUACAAGAAAUUGUUUUUGUAGUUCUGAUGAUUGAUUCCAUGCUUGGCAACACUCUAACAAUGAACUAAAUCUCCAGCUCAAAUAGUUUUUUCAAUUUUGGUGAAGUUCUUGUUUUGUUAUAUGUACUCUAAGAAACCUUUUCCAAAGCCAGGGUUGUGAAUAUUUACCAUUAUAUCUUUUAUUAACAGUUUCACAGUUUUAGGUCCUUCAUGGGGAUAUUUCUUGUACGUUGAGUUAAUUUUUGUAUGUGGUAUGAGACGGAUUGCAAUUCCUUCUAUCACAUGUGGCUGUCUUGUCACAGCAACUUUCCCUUGUGUUUUUCUCCCCCUUGUCCUUUUGACUGGUCCUUGGGAAGUAUGAUAGAAAAAGUCAAUAUACUUUUCUAUGUAGAAAUGAGACUAGAAAUCUAUAUUUUUGUCUGUAACAUUUCCAUAAAACUCUGCAUGUAGAUACCGUAAUCACUUAAGAAAUAUCUAUAUUGCAAUUUUUAUCAAAUUUCAAUGGCCCUUGUCUAUCUCAUCUCCUUAAGACAUUUGAGACUCCAAGCGUAGAGAAAAAUAAUUUUCAGCAUUUAAAGGUAGUAAACUCCAUUAAGACUCUCAGUUUUGCAGCUAAAUGGUCUUGUAAGAUGUCCCAACAGAAAGCCCAGAUUUCUCAAAAAAAGAUGACAUAUCUGAUAUAUGUUUUAACUAAAAGACAAAGACAGUUGUUCUCAAGGAACAGAGAGACAGUUUGUUGUCUGGCUCCCCCAGAGUCUAAACUGCAAAUGAUGGCUUUUUUGGUCAUGGCAGGCUUCUACUGCAUAUAAAUACGCUGUUUCGAAUUAUACCUAAACCACUACAUGAGGCAACUUGAAGGCAGAAACAGAACCAUUAAAAUGGACAUCAGCUAUUCAAAACUCUUUCAAGGCCUUAAGAGUCCUUGGUGUAGAUCCCUGCAUUAGAAAUCCCAGCCUAACUAAGGCUUUUUCUGUCUUUGUGGCUGAGAGACAAGGAGUACCCACAGGAGUGCUAACUCAACAUCGGGGUCAAAACACAAACAAACAAAAACCCCAGCUUCCUUUCUGGGUCUCUGGACAGAGUAGCACAGCACUGGCUAGCUGCCUGUCAGCACUAGACGCUCCGACACUCUUAGUCCACAAAGAGUCUAAGGUAACCGCAGGACCAAAGUUCUUUGUUUUUCUUCCUCGCCAAGGUAAGUCUCUGUUAGAACUCGAGGCACAUUUAUGGAUAACUGGAUAAGACUCAGUAAAUAUUGGGGUAUUGUUAUGAAAAAUCCAGAUCUUUCUCUUCAGUCUUACACUGUCUUAAACUGAUUUUUUACCUUAACCCUCAUGUGAAAGCCAGCUUAGUAAAGUUGCUCAAAACAUUGCCUUCCUUCAAAACUCACUGACAUUGGUAGCCAAAUACCAUUGUGGGGAACGAGAUCUCCUAGCACCUAACUCAAAGGGGCUAUGUAUGUCCCUAAAAUUAAAGUACUUGCUUUCUCAAUAGAUCUGUAAUUAUUAAAAACAAGGAAUGACCCACAAACUGGUUGACCACGCUGUCAAAAUCUAUAUAAAAAAACCUAUAUGUCAUAGAUAUCCUGGAAAAUAUCUAGAGCACUUCAGAUACAGGAAGGAUAGGGCCUCAUGUGGAUUGCGUGACUGAUGGCAAGUCUAUCACCAGUUGAUUAGGAGCCUCUAACCACAGUCAUUAUUCACGUGCUAUGUGUUCAGUUAGAUCAGAGGCUGUGUGACAUCUGACAUGUCACUACAGAUCAAGAAAGAGAAUUCAAAGCCAUGUAUAUUCACAAGGGAGGGGAAUCGAGGGGGAUAAGUCACAUUUAUUGCCUUGUUUACUGUUGAUUCCUAUUGGCUGUUAUAUUCUAUAAGUGAGAAAUGUCCAUAUGGGCAAUGUCUAAAGGAACAUCAUCUGAUUUCACAUCCAGUGACCCGCCAUGUCGAUGACAUCAUGCUACUCAAACCUGGUUGAGAGGAGAUGGAAAACACUUUGUGUGCCCUGGCAGGACACACAUGUGUCAGGGACAAGGAUGUGAACCCCUGAGCUUCAGUGCUCAGUCACAUGAAUGAAACCUUAUAUACCCAGUGGAAUGAACAGGACAGAAUAUCUCCAUUGUAUCCUCAGAUCCCAAGAAGGCAGCUUCUCCCCUGCAGGCAUGGGGCUGCUCAUGUGGCCCCCGGUUAUGCCUACCUCCUGCUGACCCCUUUCCUGGAUGAGCUGAUCUUCUGAAUAGGACACGGAGGAGUAAUGGGAAGUCAUUUUUGGGUGAGGUCAAAAAGGCUGUACAUGUGUAUUGCAUGUGCCUUCUCCUGCUCACUUAAAGGGACACCAUGUGAUAUGUUUUAAACUGCUCUAUGGAGAGGUCCUUGAUAACCUAGCAGUCCAGACUUCGGAGGCCCCAGUGCACUGCCCUCAGGAAUGAAUCCUGCUACCUGAGUGAGUGAGCUUGGGAGUAGACGGCAGAGGACCCACCUUCAGAUUAAACCAUAACACUGGCAGACAUUCUGCCUAUGUCUUGGCCUGUGACAGACCUGGUGGCAAACGUACAGAGCCAAGCUUCAUGGACAGCCUUGAUGUAAAAGAUGGGUUCUGAGGGCAGUGCCCAGCAAGAGAAGGCUCUGUAGCACACUGGAUCUAUAAUGCAGGCUGCCCUACAGUUGGAAGACCCAAUGUGCCUUGCGUAUGAAACAUCAAGAGGCCCAGGUUGAGGAAUGAAGCCAGGCCUCCAGCUGUGCAGGGUGACAGCCCAUGCAAGGAAGGCCAUGAGCUACUGGCCCUGCACUGGCUGAGAGCCUGACCAUUGGGCCUUAUAUUGAUAAGUGAUUGAAGCUGCCCCUCUAGUCACAUGAAAUCACACUGUUUCCAGUAAGCGUUGGGUGAGUUACCAAUGCUUUGGGCAAGAAAACCAUAUGGUAUUUUUCCGGAUUUUUGACAGUGUUCUUAUUCCAGGAAUGGUGGCACAUCUUUGUUGUCUCAGCCCUCAAUAGGAUAAUGUAGGAGGAUCUCAAGUUAAAGGCCAGCCAGGAAAAUACAGCAAGACUUUUCUCAAAAGAAAAUGAAAACCAACAAAAAAAGUUGUCUUUUUUGGUACACAAUUCAUUUCUAUGGGAUGCUGGAUGUAAUUCAUCAGCAAUUAUAAUUUGAAGCAAGCCAUAUCACAUUCUAGAAUCUGCCUUUUUUUUUUGUCAUGCCUAAGUAGCAGUAUUAGUAAUACAUCUUUGCUCACUGAAAUGGAGUUUCAGAUAUUCAGGUGAAUUUCAUUAUGUGCCCAAAGAGGGUAGUAUACUACUGCUUCUAAUUACCCCUAGUCUACAGCUACGCUGUCCCUCUCAAAAAUGGGACAUUUGGGAAGCCAAGCCAGCAUCUCCCCUCCCUGUAAGCGGAGGUAGGGUGGCAGCCUGCAGCCCUUCCAGGGGGAGAACUAGCAGUGUCUCCUGAGAUCCACGCCAUGUUGGAGAUUAGGACUCUGGGAAGCCAAGCCAGCAUCUCCCCUCCCUGUAAGCGGAGGCAGGGUGGCAGCCUGCAGCCCUUCCAGGGGGAGAACUAGCAGUGUCUCCUGAGAUCCAAGCCAUGCUGGAGCUUAGGACUCUGGGAAGCCAAGCCAGCAUCUCCCCUCCCUGUAAGCGGAGGCAGGGUGGCAGCCUGCAGCCCUUCCAGGGGGAGAACUAGCAGUGUCUCCUGAGAUCCAAGCCAUGCUGGAGCUUAGGACUCUGGGAAGCCAAGCCAGCAUCUCCCCUCCCUGGUAAGCGGCGGUAUUUUAGCCCACUGCAGCCCUUCCAGGGGGAGAAAUAGUGUCUCCUGAGAUCCAAGCCAUGCUGGAGCUUAGGACUCUGGGAAUCCAAGCCAGCACCUCCCCUCCCUGGUAAGCAGCGGUAGUUUAGCCCACUGCAGCCCCUCCAGGGGGAGAACUAGCAGUGUCUCCUGAGAUCCACGCCAUGCUGGAGCUUAGGACUCUGGGAAGCCAAGCCAGCAUCUCCCCUCCCUGUAAGCGGAGGCAGGGUGGCAGCCUGCAGCCCCUCCAGGGGGAGAACUAGCAGUGUCUCCUGAGAUCCACGCCAUGCUGGAACUUAGGACUCUGGGAAUCCAAGCCAGCACCUCCCCUCCCUGGUAAGCAGCGGUAGUUUAGCCCACUGCAGCCCCUCCAGGGGGAGAACUAGCAGUGUCUCCUGAGAUCCACGCCAUGCUGGAGCUUAGGACUCUGGGAAGCCAAGCCAGCAUCUCCCCUCCCUGUAAGGGGAGGCAGGGUGGCAGCCUGCAGCCCUUCCAGGGGGAGAACUAGCAGUGUCUCCUGAGAUCCACGCCAUGUUGGAGCUUAGGACUCUGGGAAUCCAAGCCAGCACCUCCCCUCCCUGGUAAGCGGCGGUAGUUUAGCCCACUGCAGCCCCUCCAGGGGGAGAACUAGCAGUGUCUAUUCUCUCUCCCCCCCAAAAAGUAAUAAGAAUUAAGGAGUAAUAAAAUCCAAAAUGUGUAAAAAAGAGAGGGGGAAAAAAAAGAGCUCUAAUGGAUAUAACAGCAAGUGUGUUUAGGGGUGUUAAAUAGCUGACUAUAUUAAUGUUUUUGGAUCAUUGAACACAGCUGUUUGCAGUCUCUCUGUUUGAAUGUCCACUUUGUAUUCUUUGAUACUGUGAUUUGAGCAACUAUUUCCAAGAUGAUAAUAUGUAAUCUAUUAACAGGUGAUUUCUUACUGUUAUGUUUUUUUUUUGUAGUUCUGUAUUAUGUGUACCCUUGCACUGCUUUGUUUUGUUUUGUGUUUUUCUCUUUUUCCUCUUAAAUAAAAUUUUUAAAAAAUGGGACAUUAAUUGCAAGUCUGUGGAACCUCAGACCUGUCAGAAUCCCUGUCUGGGAUUUUGGCUUCUCAGCUGCCUCUUCCAGAAUCCACUGAUGCCUGAGUGAAAAUGGCCCUAAAUGUUAUUCCUGUUUCCUUUUUGGCCUAAUUGCACGCCCUAGGAUAUUUUACUACUAUAAUACCACUUGUAUACCGUUACCAGAUUUUAUAUUUUACUUUUUUCUGUCUUUCUUUUAUCUUGUAUCCCAUUGGAGAACGAGCCCGAGCCCAGAAUUGUGUCUAAGGCUCUGGUCAUGACAGAAUGUUUCUCCAGUGUUGGCAUAUGUUGUCAGACCCUUCAUCCUGGAGGCAGGAUGCCUCUCUUGUGGUCCCUCAUCGUGCACAGUUUUUAUUGAUCGCGCACUGUAGGUGAGCAGACCUUGUGAACAGGACACAGCAGAAACGGUGGGAAGUCAUUUGUGAGAGGAGAUUCAAAAGAGUCUAUAGUUGGGCCUUGCGUAUGUCGCUUCCAGAUCACUACCUCGGACUCCAUCUGCUGUAUCCUAUGCCACCCAAUAGAGAAGCCCUUGGUAACCAGGCAGUUGAAACUGAAGCCUUAAGUCAAUGCCCAAAGAGGAAUAAAUUCUCCUCAUACCCACGUGACUCAGUUUGUGUGAGUGAACAUAGAUAAGGCUCCUGAUGUAUCCAUAGGAGUCUGCCUAUGCCUUGGCAUGUGGCAGAUACAUAGGCAGAGGCAUACAGCUAAACCUGACAGACGGGUAGGGAGAAAAUUAACGUUCUUGAUUGCCAAUGACUUGGUGUCAUUGUGAUGCAGAAAUAGAACAAACUACAAUCUUUUACCAAUGUGGAGGAGCAUUGCUUAAUUAGUGUCUUUGGAUAUCAAGAUCACCCAUGUCAUCUUAUAUAUGACCUCCACCAAUGUAUUGAGUAGUUUGGAUUCCUGAUUGGUUGAGUGUUUGCAGUACUGGGGAUUGAAGCCACCCAGGCGUUGACAUGCACCUCAAGCUACAGUUCUUGUGAAGUUUCCCACACUGGCCUUGAAAUUGCUGUCUCCUGCCUCACCUCAGGUUUUAUAGUUAUGCACCAUCACAUCUAGCUGAUUCUGAGUUCUGAGUUAGGUGCAUGGAAGAGCAAGCUCUGCAGCAGGUCGUAUGUGUCGUACUGACUGCCCUACACUUGGAAGAUCCAACAUGCUAGAGAGGUACUUGGUGAACACCAGCCCCAGGUUGUGGAGUGAAACAAUCCUGCCAUUCAGGAUCUCAUGCUAUGCAAGGAGAGCCAUAUGGCACUGGCCCUGCAGAGACUGAGACCCUGAGAAUAGGGCCUCACAUUGGCAAGUGAUGGAAGGAAGCUACCCUUGAUUACCCGUGAAAGCAGAGUGUUUCAGGAUGGGUAGAUAAGUUACCGCUAGCCUUGCAAUGAAAAUAUAAUUUGUUUUUCUUGACUUCUGACUGUCUUGUCUUCAGAAAGGGUGGUGACACAUUGCUGUAGUCCUGGCUCUUGGGAUGUUGAGGCAGGAGAACCUAGAUUUUGAAGCCGACCUGGGCUACAUGUUGAAUUCACAGCCAGCAUAGACACUACAGUGAGAAUUUUGUCUCCAAUAAAACUGUUGUCUUGUUAAGUAUGAAGCUAGUUUCUAUGGCUACUGGAUGUAAUCCAUAAAUGAUUAUGAUUUGUGUCCUAGGAUAUCACCUAAAAUUUGAUUUUUCUUCUCUCAGCCAUCUAUUUGUAGCAGUGAUAGAUAUUAAGGAAUCCUUUCAAUACGAUAUCAGAGAUUGAGAAAAAUGUCAUCAAUUUCCUCAGAGAGUGGUUUAUUUUUGGUUGAAGUCAAUCCCUGCCCAUCCAUGUUUCCUACUCAGAACCUAAGAAUGGGCCCCCAUUCUCCUGUCCACUGACUCCAGACAAGUCAGAAGAGCCCUGUCCAGGGGUGCAGCUUCUCUACUUCCUCUUUCCGAGCCCACUGGUCCCUGAGUGACAGUGGUCCUCAGUGUGAAGCUAACAUUCCUGAGCUUCUUUUUACUUGUGCUUAUAGCCUUGUGAUAUUUUACAACUAAAGGACCACGCUUAUGGCAUAAAUUAGAGCUACCUUUUCUCUUGUUUUUGUGUAAGGAAGGAAAUUGGACUCAUUUCCUUGUCUAGUGCUCAGGAUGGAACUCAGGGCCUUACACAUGCCAGAAUGAGCUCCAUCCCUAGCCCUUGUACCUUACUCCUUAUUUUUAUUGUUAUAUGAGAUGGCACAUCUGCCCAGGCUAAACUUGAAGUUUCCGUGCUACUGCUUUAGCCUCUGGCUGGGAUUAUAGGCCUGUGCCACCAACCCCAAUAGCUUAUCAUUUGUAAGUGUUGAAGGGCUGAAUACAAUGUUGGUCUUCCCUGUCACAUGUUCUGAAGUCACAUUCAGUGGCUCCAGACCACCACAUAGGAGAGGCCCUCCUUGAGGAUACAAGCUGGUAGAGACAAGUUAACCCUUCCCUCAGCUGGUGCCCUCACAGACAGAUCUUCACUGUCUUUGUGUGGUUUUUAGUGAGGAGAAACUGUACUGUUACAGUCCCUAUCCUCUGGUUUGGUUUUGUUGUUUUGUUUUUUACCACUUGUCUUUUGAACCUUGGUUAUUAAAAAUUGAGCACCAGCUGGAUACCAACAAUAACACCAACAGAAUCAGCUCACUGUCAAAUUGCCCUGGCAAUCAGAGACAUCUCCAGCAGUCAGUGGUACCAGGACAUAGCACCACCAUGUCGCACAGGGGUGCAGUAUACCCUUGGUGUGUUCUCUGGUUGUCACUGGUCAGCUGGAAGGUGAAGGAAAUCAUUGGCAUUGGGAUGCGCUGUGCACCCUAGAGCAAUAGUAGCACCUGCACUUGCAGAGAUGUGGGACCUGAGGGAAUUCCACACAGGAGGCUCCCAAGGGCACCCACAUGUGAGCACAGGUGAGUGCAGACAAGUGCAUGGUGCUGGUGCCACAACUGGUGUGGGCAAGGAAUCAGGGGAUUACGGAGAUCAGCAGCCCCCACUGCACCACUUGUGCUGACCGAGAUUAGUCUUCACCUCUUUAUGUGGAUAUGCGGGGGGGCCUUGCUUGGAGUUCCUGGGUGCACUGCAGCGGGUAAGAGUCUGCACGGGGGACAUGUGGUAACUGGGCUUGAGGGACUUUAGGAUGACCGGCUCCAGGUGCUUACAGCCACCAUCCUGACAGAAACUCCAGGUUUUGUCUUCCUACAUGGUUGUGCAUAGGACUAGCAGCGCUAGCUAGCUAUUGCAGAUUUUCAAUGCUUUCUAUGCUAAGAAUAUUCUGCACUUUGAUUCAUCUUUUCUUUCUUGUCUUCAUUCAGAAAAUGUGCCUUGGUUCCUCUUUUGCAUGGACAUUAUUCUAAUCACACUGAAAAAAUUGAAGAUGCAACAGGGAUAUAGUGAGCUUACAUCUAGCAGGGACAGGCCCAUGAAUGAGAAGCUCACACAGCAAGUGAUUCAUGCCAUGGAGAAAAACAAGACAGAGAUGGAGUGUGAGGGAUGAUGCAGGUGAAGGAAAUGAGAACAUUGGUAGCCACGACAUCCAGGUAGCCAAAACAGGUCCUGAGGCCCCACCUACAAACAGCAUAGUGUUCCUGUGCCCGAGUGAAGGAAAAAGAACUUUGUGAGGGAUGAUCUGGAGUUGUGGUGGUGAGGAGUGAGACGUGAGAUGGUGUGUGCAUGUGUGAGGCAUGUAGGUGUAGUUGUACACGUGCAUACAUUAGGUUGAGGGCUGAGGAGAAGCCUGACAUGGAGAAUUCUGGAGGCCACCAGCAUCCAGCUCGGCUUUAGUGUCACAUGGCCUAACGUGCCCUUACAAUCCAAUGGUGACAAUGCAGUGUUGAUAGUUGUGUUAUUCUACUUUAUGUGGAACUCAUUUUAUAAGUUACACACCUACAGAAUCAUGCCAUGGUACAGGUUGAUUACACAAGUAUUUAUUUGUCAGGUAUAUCUGCCAAUCAUUGUGAGGGCUGACCCCUAAAUCCUCUUGCCUCACCUUCUACUGCGGGAUUAUAGGUAUGCACCACACCACCCAGCUCCAGCUAUCUCACCUCACAUGACACUGUACAUGGGAGAUUGUACACCUGACCUUAUGUUCUUUUUUCUUUCCUCACAUUGACCUGGAACCUCUUAAUGUGGGACCUGAGCUGUUGGCUGAGAUCUUUCUAUUCAUUUGAUAUUUUUCCUUAGGCACUAGGUUAAGACAUUGAGAUAUCUCAGAAGGGUCUAGUUAAGGAACACAAGAAGUCUGCUUCUUAGUCACAGUCCAGGAAAUACUGUGUUUGAACCCAAAAAUUUCUGUGUUUUGGCAAAAAUACAUCUUAAAGUCAAGGUGUCACCUGGCUCUGCAAUACCUGAUUUUCCCUCUGACUCUUGUGAGGAUCUUGCUAGAGUCUGAGAAGCCUGGUCAGAGCGCUGCAUGGUGCUCCAUGGCCUUGUGGGUCCCACUCCUUGUGCAGCUGUGGCCCCUUUGAGGUCUCCUGUUGCCUGAAGGGGCAAGUGGUGUACCAAGCUGCUGUCCACAAAUACACACUGGUUCUGUCAGUUGCCCCACACCCUUUUCAGCACCUGUUAACGGUUUUGUUUUUUCUUGUCUCGGGAAAAGUUGGCAACAGCUUACUUGGAAUUCGUGCACCUUUACUAAACGCAGU